UUUGGGUGGUGUAGGUAUCCGUAUGUGACAGGAACUUCAGUGGUUGGCAUCAAAUACAAGGAUGGCAUACUAUUGGCAGCCGAUAUGGGAGGUUCCUAUGGGUCUACCUUGCGUUACAAGAGUGUCGAACGAUUGAAGCCAGUGGGAAAACAUUCUCUCAUUGGAGCAAGUGGUGAAAUCAGCGAUUUUCAGGAAAUAAUGCGCUAUCUUGAUGAUCUUAUCUUGUCUGAUAACAUGUGGGAUGAUGGGAAUUCCUUGGGUCCUAAAGAGGUGCACAACUAUUUAACUAGGGUCAUGUAUAAUCGCCGCAAUAAGUUCAACCCUCUUUGGAAUUCACUUGUACUGGGAGGAGUGAAAAAUGGUCAGAAAUAUCUUGGAACGGUCAAUAUGAUUGGUGUUCAUUAUGAAGACAACCAUGUGGCUACUGGGUUUGGUAAUCAUCUUGCACUGCCUCUUCUCCGUGAUGAAUGGCAUGAGAACUUGACUUUUGAAGAGGGUGUCAUACUGCUGGAGAAAUGCAUGCGCGUGCUUCUGUAUCGCGAUAGAUCAGCUGUCAACAAGCUUCAGAUUGCAAAAAUCACUGAAGAGGGAGUAACAAUUUCUCCACCCUACUCAUUGAAGACUUUUUGGAAUUUCUCCAAACUUCACCUCCGGAAUGAGAAGCCGGAAUAUGGUCGUCGAUCUGCAGAAGCACAUAAACAACACUUGGAGAAUAUAAGGAAAAUAAAGAAAUUGGAAGCAGAGUGGCGAGUUCUUUUGCUCCUUCAGAAGCGAGUUACACACUAUCAGAUUCCAUAG